UUGGCAAAGAGGCUGAGGCAAAGGCAAAGUCACGUGGUUUGGGUUUGGAUGGUACCCAGUGUAGUGUUUUGGUUUAGGUACCUAGGUACUAUUUUAGUAGGUUGUGAUUUCAUUAAACGAUUUAACACUGGUAGUAACUAAUAGGCAACCAAUAUUGUCCUUCCUCAGUUUUGUAUAAUCUGCAUUUUUUAUUUUAUUAAUAGAUGUGUCAUAAUUAACAUUGAUAAAAAUCUGGUAAACUGCUGAAUUAAUAAUUUAAACUUCCGACGCUGAUAUAUUGCUUUUUGAAAGCAUUGCUGUGGUUAGAUAAUAGAUGUUUUUCUGUUGUUUUUGCCUGUGGUUUUAUCUUUUCAUGUUUGUCUCGAUUUCCAUUAAGUAAGUAGGUAAAAACUAUUCUUUCUAAUUUCUCCGAAGAGACAUUUAUUUUUUAAAUGGUUAAUCACGUAUGCAGAACAUGCCUAUAUGUGUGUGAAAAUGAAUUUUCUUUCAAGAAAUUGGAGAAAGUUAAGGCAGUCUUGGAAUUUUUCAUCCCUGAAGUUAAAAACUGCAUCGGAAACUACUCCUUAAUAUGUGAACAAUGCUACUACUUCCUGAAAAGCAUUGAAAAAUUCAAACAAAAAUGUAAGGACACCCAGAAUAAACUGUACUCUAUUAAUCUAGAGUCAAUAAGAGACAAUCAUAAUUUAGUCUUGAGAUCUGUGAUUGUUAACAAUACUUGUCUCAAAAAUAAGAAGCAAAUUUGCCAAAAGGAAGAAACUGAAUUCAGAUUCCGUUCAUCCGAGUCUCAAAAUAAAAAGACAAAACCUUCAGGUCAUGAUAUAACAUUACCAAAUAUUCUACAAAAAUCUCCAAAACCGGCCCAUACUGAUUCUUAUAAAACACUAACCGUUUUAAACGAGAACCCAAGUAAUUUGCUACAAUUAAUGAAUUAUCGCAAAGACGUCAAUGAGAUUCAAGAAUUAACUGUGGAACCAUCAGAGAGUGAUGUUGAUGGUAGUGGAAGCUGUAAAGAAGAUAUAAAUGUUGAUGAGGAAGAUGAAUAUAUGACAAGAAACGAUUUAGUUGCUGCUGGUAUUCUUCCAGAUUUUAUUGAAAAAGAAACAGACACAAGGAUAGAAAGAGAAGAAGAAAUAGAAAUCGACAUUGGUGAUAAUGGAUUAGAAACAAAACAGGUGCCAAUAAAAAAUGCCAUCAGUAUAAAAAGGCGAAAAAGUAAUUAUUUAAGUGAAUCAGAAGAGGCAAAUACAACACAAUUAAAGUAUAAACUUGUCUGUAAAAAAAGACGAACAAUUGAUAAAUUCAGUGAAAGAAAAAUGCCAGAUGGUGAAUCAAAAAAUACAAAUGAAACAGUGAAGAUUAAACAAGAAAUUGCUGAUUAUGAAGAAAAUCCUGGAUUCUUCAAUAAACAAUCAAGCAAUGGUUUCUACGAGUGCAAACUCUGUGAUAAAAGAUAUAAAACUUCAAAAGGCUUGUAUAAUCAUACCAAAGAAAAACAUGCACAUCAAGUCCGGAUCCAUCAUUGCCAAUAUUGCAGUUUCUUCACUUUAUGGAAAUCCGCCCUAGUGAGGCACUGUAGUAUUUUCCACGAAGAAAUUUUCCAGAGAAACAUAAAUUCCUUAUUUAAAUGUUCCCAUUGUAACUUUGAAACUAGAUCUAAAGAUCAACUGGCUCGGCAUAUAUUGGAAAAUCAUGUUUAUGAAAAAUUUGUGAAUUGUAGCUUAUGCAGAGCUCGUUUUCCCGAUAACCUGUCUUUUGCUAGGCAUGUAGAAGCUGAGCAUUUAGAUUUGGAUAUGCCAACUUGUUCGAAUUAUUGUUCGACUUGCGGUUUGAUUUUUUUAACCGAUGCAGAUUUCAACAAGCAUGUUGAUGAGUUGCACGCAAAUAGUUUGUGUGUUUUAUGCAAGAUGACUUUUAAUUGUAAGGAUGAAUUUUGUGAACAUCAGAAGAUUAUGCAUGGGACGUCUUUUGGGGCUUCAAUACUACCCUAGAUGAGAAUGAGUUAUGAAAAUAUUAGCUAUAUUUACUUUUAAGUUUAUAAUGCUUCUGCUGGGAAUUAUUUUUUUUAUAGCUUGUGGGUAUAUGCCAAAUUUAUUCAAUAAGAUUGUUUAUUUAAAAAGAAACUAUAUUAUUUGUAAUUUUCAUAUUUUUACAACUUCAUAUCAUACAAACCGCAAGUUGAAAUUUUUUGAUUCUUUCUUGACAUAGGUAGGUAUAUGAUUUCUUAACUGUAAUGAAACAGCUCACACCUCAUCUAUUAACUAUUGUUACAUAGAUAGGUACCUUAGAAUCUCUAGUGCCUAAAAGUAUUUUUUAUUUCAUACAUUUGAGUCAUGAAAAGGGCAAAAUGUGGCUAUUUUGGAGAAGAUGUGCAAUGGAUUGAAUUUGAUUUGAUUUUUGCAGCUAUAAUUUUCAUCUACUAAUAUAAACAUUGUUAGGUAAUAGUUAUUUUUCACAUAGAGAAUUUUUUUUUGUAUAAUUUUAAUUAGGUAGCUUAAUCAAGAUUUACCUACAUUCAAAGUUAAAAACAACCGCCCUCCAAUAGCCAGGUUAUAACAAGUUACCUGUGGGUUAUCUGUUCCAAAGAUAUGUAGGUUAUCCACUUAGAAUUUUCUAGAAUAAAUUUUUAUAAUU